AUUGACGUGGCAUGCUGCGUACACCUAGGCCUUUUAUAUUCUGUACCUGGUUUAGCUGACCGGUCUGGUGGAAGGCAGGUUCCUGGUAUAGAAAAAGGGACUUGUUGGGAAGUUGGGUGUUUUUUUAGUAAGAAUAUCAUCCUACACCCUUGACCAUGUUACGCAGUGUUGGCCUCAGAUCUCUGUUUAGUUCAACUGCCAAGUAUCUACCUUCCAAAUCCAGUCCUGUAACUUGGGUAAAAUGCAGUGCCAGUUUUGGAUGCUCGGGCUUGUGCUGCCGCCGGGCAGAGUGGUUUAAUGGCUCUUUACGAAGCGAUGUUCACCCAGUAUAGUAUCUGUGCUGCUCAGAUUUUAGUAACAAACCUGGACUUCCAUGAUGACCAGAAGCGCCGGAAUUUGAACAGCACACUGCAUGAGCUCCUGCGAAUGAACAUUGUUCCCAUCAUCAACACAAACGAUGCAGUGGUGCCUGCGCCUGAGCCCAACAGUGAUCUGCAGGGGGUAAAUGUCUGUUUGACAGCCCUCCAGGAUCAGAUGAUGCAAAGUUGAUUGACAUCUUCUACCCAGGAGACCAACAGUCCAUAACUUUUGGUACCAAAUCGAGAGUUGGACUUGGAGGGAUGGAAGCAAAGGUAAAAGCUGCUCUCUGGGCUCUUCAGGGUGGUACAUCCGUUGUCAUUGCAAAUGGGACAGAUCCAAAGAUUUCUGGUCAUGUCAUUACUGACAUAGUAGAGGGCAAGAAAGUUGGGACCUUUUUCUCUGAAGUGAAACCUGCAGGUCCCACUGUGGAGCAGCAGGCAGAAAUGUCACGAGCAGGUGGCAGAGCACUGGCUGCCUUACAGCCUGACCAGAGAGCAGAAAUAAUUUAUCGUCUGGCUGAUUUGCUGACAGACCAAAAAGAAGAGAUUCUUGCAGCUAACAAGGAGGAUAUGGAGGAAGCCAUAAGCAGAGGGAAGCUGUCUCAGCCUUUAUUGAAACGCCUGAACCUUUCAUCAGCAAAGUUAAACAGCCUGGCCAUUGGACUGAGACAGAUUGCAGUAAGCUCGCGGGAUAGCAUUGGUCAUGUUCUGCGCAGAACACGAGUUGCCAAUGGUCUUGAACUGGAGCAAGUAACUGUUCCUAUUGGGGUCCUUCUAGUAAUAUUUGAGUCUCGCCCAGACUGCCUCCCUCAGGUAGCAGCAUUGGCGAUCGCCAGUGGUAACGGACUGUUACUGAAGGGAGGAAAGGAAGCGCUCCACAGCAACCAGGUUCUCCAUCAACUAACUCAAGAAGCCCUUUCUCUCCAUGGAGUUCAGGAUGCAGUACAGCUGGUAAGUACCCGCGAAGGAGUUGAAGACCUCUGUCGAUUGGACAGACUGAUCGACCUUAUAAUUCCUCGAGGUUCUUCACAGCUGGUGAAAGAUAUCCAAAAAGCUGCAAAGGGAAUCCCUGUGAUGGGGCACAGUGAGGGCAUCUGCCAUGUCUAUGUCGAUGUAGAGGCCAGCAUUGACAAAGUCACCAAAAUCGUAAGAGACUCCAAAUGUGAAUACCCAGCAGCCUGCAAUGCCAUGGAGACACUAUUGGUACACAGGGACUUGCUGAGGACCCCAGUAUUCGAUCAGAUAAUCGAUACGUUGCGAGUAGAGCAGGUAAAGAUCCAUGCUGGUCCAAAGUUUGCAUCCUAUCUUACUUUCAGCCCAUCUGAGGUGAAGUCUCUUCGGACAGAAUAUGGAGAUCUCGAAUGUAGCAUUGAAGUGGUCGAUAGUAUCCAUGAAGCUAUCAGUCACAUACAUAAAUAUGGGAGUGCCCACACAGAUGUUAUCAUCACAGAAAAUGAAGAGACAGCAAGCUACUUCCUACAGCAUGUGGACAGUGCCUGUGUUUUCUGGAAUACAAGCUCUCGAUUUUCAGAUGGAUUUCGAUUUGGGCUUGGUGCAGAGGUUGGAAUUAGUACAGCACGUAUCCAUGCUCGUGGACCAGUAGGGAUUGAGGGACUCUUAACCACCAAGUGGUUGCUGCGUGGGGAUGGCCAUAUAGUAGCAGAUUUUUCUGAACCGGGAACCAUGAAAUACUUGCAUGAAAACCUGCCGGUACAUCAGAGAAAGGCCAGUUGAAAACCAUAUUCCAACCUGGAUGGACAAAUUUAUGUAGAGCUACACAGAUGGGUUGCUUAAUCCAGGAACUUAUGGUCUGCUGUUUGGAAAGUAGUUCUUGAGAUUUAAUGCUGGAGAGAACAAAAUAAAUCUUAGUCUGCAGUGCCAAUGAUUGCUUUUAGCACUCUUAACAGCAUGGCCUCUCUUCCUGACCAUACGUCAUCAGUAAAAUGAAGGAUGGACUUCACUUUAUUUGCUAUGCUUUCAAAUAUGUAAAUCAGAAGAAACCAACUAUUUCUUGAAAGUAAAAUAUUGUGAAUAAAGUGCUAUUGUUGGACCCAUUUUAAUGUAUUAUUUACAAUAAUGUAUUUUGUUUUGCAUUCAUUUCCUCAAAAAUUAGUUUUGCAGCAGACUUUUUAUUGUCUUUGUAAUUACAGGGAUGUAUUGUUCCAGUUGUUUCCAUUUAUGAUGGUUGCCUCAGGGUUAUUUUGUUCCCUUUGAAAAUAUUUUGUAAGAAAUUUGUAUUUUGUCAUCAAAUGUUUCCCAAAUAAACAUUUUCUUGGUCUAGUC